GGGACUUGCUAUUAGGACACUAGCGUCUCUUAAAUCCAGCCGCUCCUCUGUUUUUACGCAGUAGAUUUGAAGAAACAAACAACAAGACGGAUUUUGACAUCUUUUAAAAUUAUUCCCAGCGGCAGAGACACUUGGGGACCGAGGGACCUACCAUGAUAAGGGCUGUGGAUAUUUUGCUGACUGCGCUGCUCGCCGCGUCCCUGUCGUGCCGGAGCGCGUUCGGCGGCUACGGGAUGAGUCUGUUCGCGGCGCAGACCUCUCCUCCGGACCCCUGCUACGACGAGCACGGCAACCCGCGGCGCUGCAUCCCGGACUUCGUCAACUCCGCCUUCGGGAAGGAAGUGAAGGUGUCCAGCACCUGUGGGAAGACGCCCAGCCGCUACUGCGUGGUGACAUCCGCAGAGAAAGGGGACGAGAGGACCAGGAACUGUCACACCUGCGACGCCUCAGACCCCAAGAAGUACCACCCUCCGGCGUACCUGACGGACCUCAACAACCCGCACAACCUCACCUGCUGGCAGUCUGAGAACUUCAUCCAGUACCCGCAGAACGUCACCCUGACUCUGUCCCUCGGGAAGAAGUUUGAGGUGACUUAUGUGAGCCUGCAGUUCUGCUCGCCUCGACCCGAAUCCAUGGUUAUUUACAAGUCCAUGGACUACGGGAAAACUUGGGUACCCUUUCAGUUUUACUCGACCCAGUGUAGGAAGAUGUACAACAAGCCGAACCGGGCCGUGAUCACGAAGCAAAACGAGCAGGAGGCAGUGUGCACGGACUCCCACACCGACAUGUACCCUCUGACCGGCGGCCUCAUCGCCUUCAGCACGCUGGACGGAAGACCGUCGGCGCACGACUUUGACAACUCCCCGGUGCUGCAGGACUGGGUGACGGCCACGGACAUUAAGGUCAUCUUCAGCCGGUUGCACACUUUCGGCGACGAGAAUGAGGACGACUCGGAGCUGGCCCGGGACUCGUACUUCUACGCCGUGUCGGACCUGCAGGUCGGAGGGAGAUGCAAGUGCAACGGGCACGCGUCUAGGUGCGUAAAGGACCGGGAUGGGAGUCUGGUGUGCGAGUGCAAGCACAACACCGCGGGGCCGGAGUGCGACAGGUGCAAGCCGUUCCACUACGACAGACCGUGGCAGAGAGCCACAGCCAGGGAGGCCAACGAGUGUGUCGCCUGUAACUGCAACCUUCACGCCCGAAGGUGUCGAUUCAACAUGGAGCUGUACAAGCUGUCAGGGAGGAAGAGCGGAGGAGUCUGCCUCAACUGUCGCCACAACACGGCCGGACGCCACUGCCACUACUGCAAGGAGGGCUACUACAGAGACCUGUCCAAACCCAUCUCACACAGGAAGGCCUGCAAAGCAUGUGAUUGCCAUCCCGUGGGUGCUGCUGGCAAAACCUGUAACCAAACCACAGGACAAUGUCCCUGUAAAGACGGCGUGACUGGUAUCACGUGCAACCGCUGCGCUAAAGGCUACCAGCAGAGCCGCUCGCCCAUUGCCCCCUGCAUAAAAGAGAUCCCAGUUGCACCUCCAACAACCCCAUCCAGCAGUACAGAGGAGCCGUCAGACUGUGACUCUUAUUGCAAAGCGUCUAAAGGCAAACUGAAGAUCAACAUGAAGAAGUACUGCAAGAAAGAUUACGCCGUCCAGGUGCACAUCCUGAAGGCAGACAAAGCCGGCGAGUGGUGGAAGUUCACCGUCAACAUCAUCUCCGUCUACAAGCAGGGCGAGAGCCGCAUCCGCCGCGGGGACCAGUUCCUGUGGGUCCGUGCCAAAGAUGUGGCCUGUAAGUGUCCCAAGAUCAAGCCUGGGAAGAAGUACCUGCUGCUGGGGAACGACGAGGACUCCCCAGGCCAGAGCGGAGUGGUGGCGGACAAAGGCAGCCUGGUUAUCCAGUGGAGGGACACGUGGGCGCGCAGGCUCAGGAAGUUCCAGCAACGCGAGAAGAAAGGCAAGUGCAAGAAGCCUUAGGUGGAAAAAAGAUGGAGAUGGAGAGGAUGCCGGAGAGCGGGAAUUCAAGAGAAAAGCUGAGCGGGUGAUUUAAAAAAAUAAAAAAUAAAAAAAAGUGAAAGAGAGGCAAACAGAGGACCACGGACAGACAAGAGACUGUUUAUGUCGCUGCUUUUUUGUGUAGAAGCAUGAAGAGAAUUAUUUAGGAUGAUUUGUUUUUCUAGUGAACUUUUGUUGAAGGAGCUCACCUUGCAGAUUUGGUUUUAUGGUUUAUUUUACUUUGAGAUUUAUCUCUCUUGUGGAUUUGCCGAAUUUGCACCUAUUACCAACCAGCAUAUAAAGUUAUUUGUGUUCUUUAUCUCAGUAUGAAAUCAUUAUAUUUUUUUGUUUUAAUUUUAUGGACAUUUUCUGCUGGUGCAAAAAUUACACACAAAAAGCCACUUAUUAAUUACCACUGCAAUUUUUGCCUCUGUAUGGUUUUCUUGUUGUAUUCUUAGCUAAGAAGUGAGCUUGUUUCAUCAAAAGUCACUGAUCUGAUUGAGGCAAUACUAUUUUCUACGGUAAGAAUUGUGCCAUAAAAACUAUAGUGUGCAAGCCACAGAAAUGCAUAAUACAUUUAGCUGUCAAUGAGUUGCAAUUCCUUUUCCCCUGUUGUACAAAUUCAGGUAUAUCUGCAACUCAAGAAACAAGAAAUCUGUUUCUAGAAAAUCUAGAACGGGCAAGUGACAGAAGAGAACCCAGGAUUACACAAAGUAUCGACUGAAGCAUUUUUGACCCGAUUAAUCCUGAGCAGAUUUUUAUCCCCGUUUGCUCCUUCACACUAGUUACAUUUUGGUGGUCCAGUAUUUGUACAAACCUGCAUGUGAACACAUCUCAUUUGAAAUUGUAAUGUUCAAUUCACUAGCUGGUGCUGCUCAUGGAACUCAUUUAAAAAUGACACUGUUUUGGGGGGAAGACAGACUGUAUGUAAAAUUUCAGAUUUCACUUACUUUCAGAUUUUUGUUUAAUUUCACAAUUCUAGCAGGAGUUUUACAGCAGACUUACAAGAGGCCAGCUACGUUUAUUAUAAAAAUAAAAUGAAAAUAAUCACAAAAUCAGGAGUUGUUUGUGGGCAGUAGGCUAAUAGAAAUACAUAAUUAUAUUCAGGAGGUUCUUAAUGGCUAUAAAAUAAAAAUGUUUUCUGUUGUAAUUCAUCACAUAUACAUUCUAGUGAGCUGUGAAAGUUACCCAAGUCAGGAUUAUAUUUUGGAAAGUGGAUGCAGCCUUAUUGUUGUGCAACUGCACAAGUACUGUUCUGACAAAGCUAUGCAUAUAGCAUGUGCAACAAUGUAGAUUUUUUUAUAUAAU